AUGAUUCAGCUUGGCCCACAAGCUGCUCAGAGCAACAGCAUGAGUCACAGUUCUUCGCUCCAGAAGGUUCCUGGACCUCAGGUACGAGAUGUAGAUGUGAUGGCUGCUCAGAGAUGUAAACUUAUUUUGCAGAAUGAAUGGCAAGAGCAGCAGUCUCCAGAUUUGAUGCAUAGACGAAAGGAAAAGAAAAAAAAAAAGAAUUUGCCACGUCAGGCGAGAAGUCCAAAUCUCAGGAAGAUACCUCUGCUGCUACUGCAGAUUGAACCUCCUAGUCCCUACACCAGCUUGGAGACUCAGGAUGGCUAUUUUUCCCACCGACCGAAAGAGAAAAUGCGAACAGACAGCAAUAAUGAAAAUUCAGUCCCCAAGGACUUUGAAAAUAUUGAUAACAGUAACUUUGCUCCCAGAACUCAGAGGCAAAAACACCAGUCUGAGCUGGUGAAAAAACCCCUUAGCAAGCAAAAGGAGCACUUGAGAAAGAAACUGGAGGAGGAGAAGAUGAAGGAGAACUUGCUGCUGGGGAAGAACUCCAAUGAGGUGGUGCAAUUCAGUGAUCACCCUGGAAAAAACAGCAGCAGCAGCAACAACGAUUUGAAGGAGAUUCACAGGUCUCCCAGACAGCAUCAUUUAAAAAAAAGUGGAAACAGCUCCCCUGAACUGAGAUACGACCAACCACCAAAGUGUGAGGUAACGGGCAAAGAGGCAAUCUCAGCCAUGUCCCGGGCUAAAUCUAAGCAGUGUCGGCAGGAGAUCGCAGAUGUGUAUUGUCAGCACAAGCACGGAAAGCUGAUGCCGGAGAAGGUGACGCGUUUCUGUACGCUGGAGGGAAAAGCCAACAACAAUGUACAGUGGGAUGAGGACUCCGUAGAAUACAUGCCAGCCAACCCAGUCAGGAUCGCAUUUGUCUUGGUUGUUCAUGGCAGAGCUUCUCGGCAACUCCAACGCAUGUUUAAGGCUAUUUACCAUAAAGACCAUUUUUAUUACAUUCAUGUUGACAAGAGAUCCAAUUAUUUGCACCGGCAAGUGCUCCAGUUUGCCAACCAGUACCCAAAUGUGAGAGUCACUUCUUGGAGAAUGGCAACUAUCUGGGGAGGAGCAAGUCUUCUGUCCACCUACCUGCAGACCAUGAGGGACUUAAUGGAGAUGAAUGACUGGCCAUGGGAUUUCUUCAUUAACCUCAGUGCUGCUGACUACCCAAUCAGGACAAAUGACCAGCUAGUAGCAUUCCUGUCCAGAUAUCGUGAUAUGAACUUCCUGAAAUCACAUGGGAGAGACAACGCAAGAUUUAUCAGAAAACAAGGACUGGAUCGGCUUUUUCUGGAAUGCGAUACCCACAUGUGGCGCCUGGGGGACCGGAGGAUCCCAGAAGGAAUCGCAGUUGAUGGAGGGUCGGACUGGUUUCUCCUGAACAGGAAGUUUGUAGAGUAUGUCACUUUUUCUACUGAUGAUCUCGUAACAAAGAUGAAGAGGUUUUACUCUUACACAUUGCUUCCUGCUGAGUCCUUUUUUCACACUGUGCUGGAAAAUAGCCCGUACUGUGACUCCAUGGUGGACAACAACUUGCGCAUCACGAACUGGAACCGUAAACUUGGUUGCAAGUGUCAGUACAAGCACAUUGUUGACUGGUGUGGCUGUUCACCUAAUGACUUCAAGCCAGCAGACUUCCACCGAUUCCAGCAGACUGCCAGGCCAACUUUCUUUGCCCGCAAAUUUGAAGCUGUAGUGAAUCAAGAGAUAAUUGGCCAGUUGGACUACUACUUGUAUGGCAACUACCCGUCUGGCACACCCGGCCUCCGGUCGUACUGGGAGAACGUGUACGAUGAGCCUGACGGGGUGCACACCCUCAGCGAUGUCGCCCUCACCAUGUACCAUGCGUUUUCCCGCUUGGGCCUGCGGAGAGCCGAGACAUCGUUCCAUGCUGCUGGGGACAACAGCUGCCGAUACUACCCCAUGGGCCAUCCAGUUUCCGUCCACCUUUACUUCCUUGCUGACCGUUUCCAAGGCUUCCUAAUCAGACACCAUGCAACCAAUCUGGCUGUCAGUAAACUAGAAACUUUGGAAACAUGGGUGAUGCCCAAGAAAGUCUUUAAGAUCGCAAGUCCACCAAGUGAUUUUGGAAGGUUGCAGUUCUCAGAGAUUGGCACUGAAUGGGACGCCAAGGAAAGGCUUUUCCGGAAUUUUGGAGGACUCCUUGGGCCAACAGACGAGCCAGUUGGCAUGCAGAAAUGGGGAAAAGGCCCCAACGUCACCGUUACUGUCAUUUGGGUGGAUCCAGUUAAUGUAAUUGCAGCAACAUAUGAUAUUCUUAUUGAAUCCAGUGCCGAAUUUACUCACUACAAACCACCUUUGAAUUUGCCCCUACGACCUGGUGUCUGGACGAUAAAAAUUCUGCACCACUGGGUACAAGUAGCUGAAACCAAAUUCCUUGUUACUCCUCUCACCUUCUCUAAUCGGCAGCCUAUCAAACAAGAGGAAGCCAUGAAGUAUCACAGCGGGCCUCCAAAGAAUGCAUACAUGGAGCAGAGCUUCCAGGGCUUGAACCCCGUCCUGAAUAUUCCCAUCAGUGCCGCCCGCGUGGACCAGGCCAAGAGGAAUGCGGGGCUCGUGGGCACCCGCCUGGAAGCCUGGGUGGACUCUCUGGUUGGCAGCGUCUGGUCAGCCGUGGACAUCUGCAGCACCGGCCCCACCGCCUGCCCCGUCAUGCAGGGCUGUGCUCAGACAGCCUGGAGCUCCCUCAGCCCAGACCCCAAGUCAGAGCUGGGCCCCGUGAAACCUGACGGUCGCUUGAGGUAGCAUCCGGUACGCUCUCCUCCGGCAUAGGUUUUUAAAAGGGAAUUUAACCUUGCUCGUAUGUGAAUCUCCCACCAGAUUUCAGAAACCUAAGGGAACAUUAUACUUUUUUGUUACUUAUUGCAAUAUAAUUCAUUUUUAAAAAAAAAAAAAAAAGUUCUGACAAGGCCUUUGGCACUGCCUUCUCCAUCAGCUCUGUCAGGAGCUGCUUGGUCAUCCCGCAGCCUCUCUGCUGUCCCGUGGGCCCCAGCCACACUGCACGCUGCUUUCGAAACAGUAGCAGUGAGCUAUGGAGAAGGCAGUGAAGGAGCAGCUGCUAAAUGUGUUUUUUAAAAAUAAAUUUGUCUGUACCUCUGCUGUUUAAUAGGCUUUCAUUAUUUUGCUACCAUGAAUAAAUCACAGCAAAAUUCCCUUCUACUUAAGUUUCCUGGGGAGGUUGGUUACUGCAGGCUAGAGCCUGUAUAGCCACAUUACCUCACAGAACAUAAAAUAAUUAUGGUAUACCCUCACUCUUUUUUUUUUUAAUAAUAUAAAGUAAUUCUGAACUCGGCUAAUAUCUGUUAUCCUAGUUAGAGAAAAUGAGCAAAAGCAGAACCUUUCAGAUUAUUCUCAGAGAUUUUUUUUAGACAACUUCAUGAUAAACUCUAAAUGAAACCAGUGUUUUGCUGUAUUAGUCUUUUAUGUCUCAUGCAGUCAGGUUCAGGGUCUGGGUACUAAGUAUUAAUUUAAAGAAUACAGAAGCAUUUUGGAUUUCAGCCCGUUCAAAUCUGCAGGUUUUUUUCUAAGCCCACCAGGACAUAAGCAUUUUCGCAGACUUCCAGCACAGCAAGUGUGUAUGUGUAGGUUGGGGGUGGGUUGUGAUGUGUCUGCUCACACCCUUUGUCGAUUUUGUUCAUAAGCUGUGCUGAGUUUUUUCUCAGUGGAGUUGCGCAGAACCAGUAAAAUGGUAGAAUUGGGACGUAAACCUGCAACAACACUUUUCUUCCCUACUUUGAGUAGUGGCUAGUAAGUCUUAACACUAAUUCCCUCCCUUCAUCUCAGAUCUGCCAGCUCUUCACAAAGAAGGGUUCUUCUAGGCUUGUGCAGGGCAUCUGGAAGGUUGGGCAGGACACGAGUUCCUGACCGAAGCCACGAGCUGAACGUGAGAGGAGAGCAGUGCCACAUUUCUCAGUGCUUUUACUUUAUUCUGUCAACAAACUACCCUUGCCUGUCUUCAGAAUUUCUAGCAGGCUGCUUCCUGUUUUAAAUAGGCAUGUUUUGCAAAAUUUCAAGCUGCAUUUUCUACAGCAGGAAAAAAAACUCAUUUACAUUCCAAGAACUUUUUAAAAUGUAGGUUUUAUAUGCAAAUUCAUCUCCAACUAAUGCUUUUUACGUUAGUAUAAAACGUGCACUUUGUUGUUGUUGCUGUGGUAAUCUCUUGUUAACAACAUAACCCAAAAAGGCUAUUAAAAGCUACUGGGUUAAUUAGGAAAAAAAUCCUGUUGAUGUAGUAAAGUAAGGUAUCUGUUUACCCUUCUGUGUGUGUGGCUAGCUUUCUGCUGAUGAGAGUUAAGCGUCCACAUGAGGAGGGAAAUAGACCCUUAAAUCAUUCUAUAAUCACAUCUCACAGAAAGGUUGAAUUCCCUUUUAAACAACAGUUGCAAGAUGACCGUUAACACACAGAUCCCAGUGGCUUGUACUAUCUCUCUCCGUAGUAUUGGUUUAAAGCUACUUGGAGUUUGCUUUGGACUUGAAAUUGCGGUGUCAGCUGUGCUGGCAUUAAGGCAGAGCAUUGAAACGUUUAUCUGGCACAAAAAUGGAUGCAUAGAAGGAACAAUUUAGGUAUUUAUUAUUUAUGUUUUAGUCAAUGACUAAUUAGUAGGUGCUGCUUUUGCAGCUUGAAGAUUAUGUUAUCUUACUAACUGAAGCUGCCUUUAUUAAGAAAAGGCCUUCCUCCCCUCACACCUCCCCUUCUUUUUUUGUCUUGAUUUUGACAGUCAUGAGAGCUGUAGUUUUAGAAAAGCUUGUAGCAAUGAGAGCUGAUUGAAAUAUUUCAGUCAAGAUAAUGUUCCAGCCUUUCAACUGGCUCUAGAGGCAAGCGUGUUUAAAACCAGGGUUGCCAACAGGUUUAUGUAAUAGAAACACAGUGUUAUUACUUAUUCAGUAGGGUUUUUUUAACAGUGCUUGUUUUUAAUCUAACAUUCCUUCGUGAAGUCCAAAUUUUCUGGGGACCUCCAAUCCUCACUGUGAAAUCCAGGGCUUUAGUCAUACUGAUGCAAUGGCAACUGCACAGUUCAAGCCCUGCUGAUUAAUUUAAGAAUAUCAUAUUUAGGGCACACAAUAAAAUUCAUUAACAAUCCUAGUCAGUGAUUGUUCUCAAUAAGACUACCAGAGUAAUCAAAAAUCUUCAGUCCGUCUUGCACAUAAGCAUAUGUAUAAGGGUGCGCCCACACACACGCAUGCAGAUAACUUGGGUUUUUAAAUUUGAUACUUUUUUUAUUCUUAAGCAGGAAUGUUUUUAAGUGCUUUGUUGGUAAGUUUUCAUUAUUAACUAGAACAAGCAGAAGGUGGCAACAAUCCUGUCUUUUGUGGUUAGAAGAAAAUCUGCCACUUGCACAAUUUGAAAUGUAAGGUGCAAAUUAUUUUGUUCUAGAACAAAAAAGGGAAAGAAAACAAAUGGUUGCUGAUACAUCUAUUUACAUUAUAUGCUAGGUUUAAAAUAUCUCAAAACAAAAUUUACAUUAGUUUAUUUUCUGAAAGACAAAAAGCAUCUACACAAAGAAGUUUUGCAGCAAGCUGGCAAUCUCAGUGCUGCUGUUAAAACAUAUGAGAUAAAACUGAAGAGACUGAUCCUGCAGUCCUUUCUCAGGCAAAACUUCCACAGAGUGCUACUGCUGAGUAAGGACUUCAGAGUCAAGUCCAGCAUAAUAAAAGGUGUGACAGUAUGCUAUCAGUAAAUACUGUCUGUCUUUGAAGUCAUCAAAGGACGAGCUGCUGUGUUUGGAACAUCUGGGGGCAGUGUCAAGUUUUGGACCUGAACAACCACCUCUACUAUAGCUCUUAAUACGCAGACACAGAUGCAUAAGCUAUAUAUGGGACACUGUGUCUGAGUUACAAAGUCCUGUAGUUAUGAAGAAAAACCAUGGUAAGCAAGACUCUUCGCAUCAGGGAUCAGAGCUUGCUCCAAGCUGAUGCUGUGGUAGCGCUGCUAAGACUGACGUCCUGCUUAGUGGCUUUUCUGGUUCUGAAAUAGCAGGCACUUGGAGCCUGUGAUGAAUAUUAUGUAUUGUUAGAAGAGAAUAACUUCACAGAUCUUACAUUUGGUGAAAAGGAGAAUUCAGAGCAGGGACCCACAGUUCGCACAAAACAAGCAAGUUGUGCAUCUUCAUUUGAAUGUGCAAGUGUUGUUUUGCAAUCACACUGGCUAGUCCUUGCUGAACAGGACUCCAGCUGAAAGCCAGUUUUGAUCAAAAUCCCUUUCUGUGGGAGAGGGGUGUAUUUCCAUAUGGGCACAUUUGUUCUCUGUGUGUAAUGCUUGGCUCAUUUAAAUACCCUGCCCAUGCUGCACAAUAGCCAUGUAACACUUCUGUGAUCAAUCAGUAUUACACAGAAAGGGAAUGUGGCAAAAUGCAGAACAUCUACAUACGUGAUUUAAUGAAUUAUGUCCAAAGUCAGCCUUAGCAUUAUGCAAAACCUGUUUAUAUGGUAAUAGAAAGCCUUGAGGCUAAUAGAAAUAGCUCAAAUGACAGUUUAUUUUCACAUUUGUCUGAUUCUUUCUUUGAUGACAUUUGGACAUUGAGUAGUAAUAUUUGUAUUUUAAUUUUCUAAUAUUCAAGGGUUUUUUUACAAUUGAAAUUAUGUCUUCAUUUUUUGUGCUCUCGGCAAGCAGAGAAUUUUAACAGUUCCUUCAUGAUAGCAAGUGUUAUACAAGAAAGUCCCUCUGUAUCUCUGUUGUUAAGCCUUCGUUAUUGCUAAGCCUAGAGAUACAGGAGUGUGGUGCAUUCGUGUGUUACAAAUUGACUUUCCUAGGUAUUGGCUUCAGUGCACAACACAUGUACAGUUGUUCAAUGGCAUAUUAACCCUGAUCCUGCAGCACCUUCACUAGGACCAACUAAUGUGUAUUCACCUUCUGUCCAUCUCCUGGAGCACUAAUGGCAAUACUAACAAAGUCUCCAUCACUCUUAGCUACAAUUCUAGCGAACAGAGUAGUGAAGUCAGUGAAUCAGAACUGGGAUUUUCUAAACCUGACCAAAGAGAGAGAUGAAGGGUAAAGAAGAUGGUGAAACUUUGCAAAAGUUUGACACAAUUGUGCUGCAACAAAACUUUGAACAAACUGGGCACCUUCUGCACAGCGAGGCUGAGAAAUGCUGAUGCCAUGAGAUCUCGGCUUUGACUUCCCAGAUAAAAAGAAAACAAGAUCCAGAUUUUUAUUGUGGCCAGGCAACGAGGACCAAAUUUCUGUUGAUUUCUCUAGUUCUCUUUCAUCACAGCUGUCAGAGAACUGCCAGCUUGCCGCCGGCUAUCACACCCUCCUCGUUGUCUUCCCAGAUCCCAAAGCUUCGGGAGUUGGCCACAGGAAACUUUGGCCAACUCCACCACUUUCCACUGAGCAGGAAGUUCUGUACUUGUGUGAGCCAAAUCCCUUAGGCUGCUUCAAAAACCCUAGCUGUGAGUAAGAGAAGAUUGCAUUUCAGAGCAGCCUUCAGUCAGCCCAGUACUAACACACUUGAAGGAGUUGGUAAAAGUGACAGCAAUGUUUCCCACUGGCCUUUGCUCCAGUCUGGCUGUGAAAAGGUAAUGAUCCAACAUGUGCUUUUAUUUCAGCCACUUAAGGCCUCCAGGAUAGUCUUAAGGAUUCAUAAGACAUUACAUGAAGCCCACAUUAAAUGGCAAUGGAAAACAUCAUGUGAAAAAGUCUUUCCAGACCAAACCCUCAGGCUUCUGCUAAGACAGCUGCAGGGCCGCUGCCCCCGGAGAGGGUAGGAGGGCUGUGGUGCUGGAGGGGACAGGACACUGCCCUGCUAGGGGUGCAGCAGGAGUUACUGAGAGCAGGAGGACCUGCUGCAGAGCCCCUGCUGAGGGCAGCUGUUGUUGCAGCCAGGCACAGGGGAGCCAAACAAAUGUGCAUUAGUGUUAAGGGCAGCGAGGAAGAAUUUUUAGGGAAAUACCUUUUUUCCUGUAGAGUCAUGAAGAGUGAGCAAAUGCUUUGAUUUGUAAUUCACUUUGAAGGUGUAGAGCAGAAGAGCCUCUGAAACGCUCACCACCACCAUCACAGUAAGGGAAAGCAGAAUCAGGCUGAGAGCAUUUAAAAUUGAGACAACAAAAUCUUACAGCCCAUGGUACCCAGGACCAUGGUAGCAUCAGGCUGUCUCCAGUGAAGUGUGGUGUUGGCAGCAAUUAACCCUCAUGAUGUGAUACUGCAGGUACUGCGUUAAUUUGCUCCUUUAUACUAACAGUAGUGUGUAGAUCACUCUCUGCUCUUUGCUUCUGCCUUGGUUACCUUCUUUUGCUCAUGGGUGCUAUCACAGCUGCUACCUCACUGUGUCUGCAAACACGUUUACCUGAUAACAA